GCGAACAGCUCGUCCUCUUAGUGGCCAGCGACUGUGCCUCUUCUCCGCACUCCGGUCGGGGCACCGGUUGCCGUGGUAACCGGAAAGCCUGUCUUUCCUUGGGAAGCGGCUCCUUUUCUCCCCCGCCCCCUUCUUCCUCCCUCCUCCCCUCCCCUCCCCUCUCCGGCACCGGGCGCGCUGCAGUUCGCCCGAAACUAACAUGGCCGAGCCCCCCGGCCGGCGGCAGCGGCUCCAACGGCUCUGGCUUUUGCUCCAGCUCCGGGCUCUGGCCGGGGGUGGGGGCCCCUCACUGAAAUCAUAAACCUGAAAAUUUUUUAUACGUCCUCAGUCACCUGGACCGAAAUCCAGCAAGUUUUUUUUUUUUUUUAAGGGUGGGGGUGGGGAAGAGAACGCCCCCAACCCAACCCUCCUGUAGCAUGUGGAAACUGAACAAGAGCAAAGUGCUUCUGGAUGAUUCUCCCGAGGAAGAGGAGACCAGGGGCGAGGGGAAAACGCUGCCGACGCCGCCGCUGCCGCCUCCAGCCGCCUCGGCCACCGCCUCCUCUCAGAACAAGGACCAGUUACUUCAGGAUGAAAUUACCUCCUCAGUGUCUCAACUUGCCACAAAGGUUCAGGGAGCCAGUUUCAGAGGUUGGAAAGAAGUAACCUCAAUGUUUAAUAAAGAUGAUGAACAGCAGCUUCUAGAAAAAUGCAAAUCUCCAAAGUUUAAAGGAACUAAUUUAAGAAUAAAAGAAGAUGUGAAGACCGAAAAGAAAUCUGGAUUUUGGGACAGUUUGGUGUUAAAACAGAAUGUGCAGUCUAAGAAACCAGAUGAGAUUGAAGGAUGGGAGCCACCUCAGAUUACUCUUGAAGAUCCAGUCACUGAUCUAGGAGACUCUUCUAGGGACCAUCUCUCCUGGCCAGGUUGGGAAGAUGAGACUAAGGGUUCUACUAAAUACACCAACCUGACCAGCUCAGGAAACAGUUCUAGGUGGAGUAUUAAAUCAGCUGGAAAAUUGGUUAGCAUUAGACGGCAAAGCAAAGGUAAUCUUACUGAUAACUGGGAAGAAUUAGAAUGAUAGUGGCAAUUUGAAAUACUUCUUAAAUGAAAAUGUUCCUCAAUGUCCAUAUGUAGUCAAACCAAAAUUUGCUCAAUAUUGCACCUGUUUGCUUAGUUUUGUUCAGAUUCUUAUUUUAGUAAUUAUAUCAACAGAUGAGUUGUCUGUUUCCUUCAUUUAAAAAGAAUAGAAAACCUCUUUUGUGCCUAUUUUUCACAUUUGGAUUUUUUCAGUCUGUCAGAUUGUUGAGAAUACCAAAAAUACUGUAUUUUCUUGAUGAAUGUAUAAACUGGUUUUGAAUUUGACUGCCUUAUCUAGAAACUUCUAGACUCUUAGGAUCCUAAGACUUUUGAAGCUAUAGAUGUUAAUUUUGGAUGACUUCUCUUAAAAAGCCAAUGCUGAUUUGUAAUUUGCCACAAACCUCUUUUCAUGCCAUAGUUAUAAUUCCUAGUUUUUUUAGCCCAAGAAUCUUCCUUCUUUGUUUUUUAAUUAAUCAUUCUAUUUCUGUUUAUAUGUUAUGAAAUAAGGAGACUGUAGCAGUUGUACAAUUCUCUUCCAUUGCCAGAAAUUUGCAACCAGAAGGUCAGUAAGUCUUCCAAAGUUUUAGGCUAAAAGUUAUUUAAUUUAGCAGAAAAUAAAAAAUUUCCAGUAAAAAAUGUCAUUAAAAAAGUUAAAUAGGAAUAUAAAAGUUAGGAUUAGGUGCAAAAUGGCAAGUAAAAAAAAAUUACAGUCAUGCAAUGCCUGUGGAGAAAUAGCUUCUAGUUUGCACAUGAAUAGUAAUGAUUUUGGUUUUGUUUUGGUUUUAUCUUUCUUUCAUUCUCCUUCUGGACUUUUACAUGUUGAUCUUAUUUUUAAAUUAUUUAUUCUACAGAGUCACUGUGCUUUUAUGUUGUCAGGGUAAUAACUAAGGAAUGCUAGAAUGUGUGCUAACUAUUUACAUGUCUUGGUACUCUUAAUUUUAGUUUGGGAAUUAAACUAAUGUACUUAUGUUGAUUUUAGAUUUCAAACUGUAUAUAAAAACUGAAAGUGCCUCUUUUUCUAUUAUAACCACAGAUUUGGGUUUAAUUUUCAAGAUGAUAUUCUUAAUGUAAUGGGUGUUAGUUACAUCUUAUCUUGUAAAAAAAUUGCCUAUUUUUAGCAGAAAAAUAAUUUAUGGCUGAUCCAUUAUUAUCACUAUGAAGUUAUUUCUUAAAGUAAAAAAAAUGUUUAAAAUCUCUACACUUUAUUGUUGUCUUUAACUAUGGGCUCAUGCCAGGUGUCUUUAGCAAUAUGCCACCUUACCGGGGAUGCUUUGAUAACUCUUGUUGAAGAGAAAAAAAAAAAGUCAUAGCUUGUAUUGGUAAAGAAUGGGUUUUUUUUCCUAUUCUUUUUUUUUUUCAGAAGGAGGUAAUUUGCUUCAAAACAAAUGUAAUUUACCAACAUUGUCACAUGACACUCUCCCUGGCCUCUCCAAACCACAUAAUGCAAUUGUACUUCUGUGCAACUCAGUUUAAAUGGAUGUUCCAGUUAACAUCUCCAUGGAAUAUCUGUACAUGCCUGAUAUUAAAACUAUUAAGUAUAUAAAGCAUUUUAAAAAUACAAUGUUUUAGGAAAAAAAAUAUUUUCUUUGACAAGAAUAGUCAGAUGGAUGCUAUAUUUUAAAAAUAUACAUGAAAUAAUUUUAAUUAGGUUUUUUAUUUCAUAAUAUUAUCUAAAGCUUUGUUAAUACUAUGCUACUUAGCCUUGUUGAAGAAAAAAAGUAAUUUGCCUCAGGUAAAUAAUUUGAGUUUUAGUUUUUGUCUCCAGUGUAUUAGCAGCAAUGCUUGCUAAAAUUACAUAAAGAUGCAUUUUGUAAUUCAUACAGCCAUUUAUUUCUUAGUUUAUUAAAAAAAGUUAAAGAUAAGAAGCAGUGUUUUGAUAUGUUUUCAGCUAAUGCUGACAUAAGAUUUUAGAAAUAGAUCAUUUGAAGACCUUAUAACAACUCUUUUCUUGAGGAGAGAGGUCAAGAAAUGCCAUUACCUUUUCCUCUUAUUGGGAGUUCUGUUAUAUACUGUGACCAAUAAGGAUUGCUAUGCCUUGCAUAGUUUAUUGUCAAGUGCCUGUAUUUCACCUUUUAAUGUACUUGUGAUGCACACAGCUGGAGAAAUAACCCUGUAUAAUUAAGAAAAAUUUCCCAUAACCUGAAUUAUUCUGGAGUUUAAACUACAUUUGGAUCAGAAUUUGCUGUAUAACUUAUUGAAUUUUUCUUUCUUACAGAUGAAACAUAUUAAAGUAAAAUAUUAUUGUUGUCUGUCAUAAUUGUAUCUGAUUUUGAGGUAAAAUGAAUAUGUUGUGAUUUUAAUAUAAUUAUUUAUUAUUAUAUUUUAUAGCAUAAUUUCUUUCAAAGAAAAUUUCAUUAAAGUGAGUUUUUCUUUGUUCUUUUCAUAGGCAUUAAAUUCAAUCUCUAUUGAUGCCUUAGUUUGGGUUUUAAAUGUUUAUAUAUUUUGAGUAUGAUCAGGAGUACUGGAUGCAUGCAGUAGAAAUAGUGUUUACUCCUUAAUGCUUUGUUAGAUUUCAGUGAGAAACUGGUCAUGUUUAAUAAAACAUAGCAUUUAGAAUGAAUUUUGAAGUUAUACAAAAAAUAUAAUUCUUUUUUCCCCUUUGCCAAUUUGCAUGAUUAUUGGCUUUUCCUUAAGUUAAUGUGUCAGAUAACUGUAAUUAGUCACAGAGUGACUUGACUUUUUUUUAGCCUCAUUUUCAAAUGCAAAUAAUACUUGUAGAAUUUUCACAUAAAUAAAUAAUUAAUUUAAA